AAACAGAAAGAAAAAUUACAUAUGGCCGCCAACAAACGGCAGAGUACGUGACUCAUGGAAUGUUGAGCUGAAAUAUUCUUAUGUCGGUUUGAUAAAUGGCCAGUUUACUUGGCCACCUACAUUUUUGGUCGUUAAAGAAGUUUAAGACCAUCGCUGAUUGCGAUAUUGGAACUCAUGUCUACCAUGACAAAGCUUCUGGUACAGGUUCUGCUGGAGAGGGGGUGUAUUGUGAACAAAGAAGACUGUGGGGUGAGGACAGGGGAGUUUCAUGGACACCAAAAAACCGUAGACCUGAGAAGUUGCGAGAUACACUUAAGGAGUGUGAGGAGUUGCUUCAGCACUGUAAAGUCCUCGACGUUCGGUGGAGAACAUUAAGAAAUAUUCAGUUGCUGUUAAAUAAUGGAUUCCUCAUCUCCAUCCUGGUGUCUUUGUCUUCUGGGGAUAUUGAGAAAAUCUCAGUUGACAAAAGCUUAGCUGGAAAAGUUCCUGAUCCAAUAAACAGAGCAAUUGUGACGGACUUCUUCCUCUUGUUUUCACUUGUGGAGAAAGCCAAACUUUGUUACAUACAUUUUAACAAGAAACCAAGCCUUGACUUUAAGAAGCUUGAAAAAAUGUCAGGAUUGGAGCCAAAGACAUCAUUUGUUGAUAUUCCUGGCCCAUCAAGCAAGAGACUGAACAGACAUUUGUCCCUCAACUCAAGGCAAGACAUGGUGUUGGUGUGGUGGUGCAGUCACACUGAAGAAGCCUGGCCAUGGUCUCCGAUGUCAGGAGAGAAAGAUAGAGCAAACCUAGUCAUCUUCAGUCUAAACGGGCCAAAAAUGGAGAUGUUGUGUUAUGUCAGGACAGAUUGCGAUCCUAUCCAUGCAGCAUUUAGUUUCAAUCAGCCACACCAUGUACUGACCCUGGAGCAGUCAUCAGCAGGGGGUGGAGACUCCAGUGUUGACAGCUGUAUUUAUGAGUACAAUGGCACUAAGAUUGAAAAAGUAACUACUACUACUGUUCCUGUAAAAGCUCCAAUAGUUGUUCAACAAAGAAAUCGUGCUGAAGACAAGCUGCUGCUUGGGUGUGAGGAUGGCAUGCUUAUGUUGUAUGAUGAUCACAGACGAGUGACACAGAUGACAAAAGCUACUUUGAUUCCAUCAGUUAUCCAGUGGCAUCCUGGUGAUGCUGUGGUGCUUGUGUGCAGCGCUGAUGGGGAUGUCCAGAUCUUUGACAUGGCUUUAGCUCCAGUUCUCAUUCAACUUGUAGCAGAGAAUCCUUCCCCGCAACACAAUCUUGAACUCAGGAAAUAUUUAACACAUCCAGUGAAACUGAAUGGGGUGAUAUGGUCAUGUGAAGCUCCCAUUGGUAACCUUGCUGACAACAGUAUUGGUUGCCAUGACAACUUGCUCAUCUUGUUUGACAGAGGACCUUUGUGUCUAUUGAGAGUUGAACUUGGUGUGCUAACAAAUGGGCGACUUGGCACGGUGGAAAUGGUAUCAGAGUACAUCAAACAUGAACAAGCAGAGGAGGCGGUGAAUUUUCUCAACAGUAUGAACUGGAACACAGAAGGGAAUGCAUGUUUUGCAUGUAUGUCUAUUAUCAUGAACAAUCUUCUGAAACUACCGUUGAACUCUGAAAGAGAGGGUUUACUUGAAGAGACGCUUGGUAGUUUCUAUGCACCAAGUCGACCGCUGUCUGAUGUCACAGUUCUACAAUUCCGAGACAUGAUUAGCAAACUUUCCAGAAGAUUCUUCCACCACUUACUCAGAUACAGGAGAUUUGAAAAGGCAUUUCUGUUAGCAGUAGACAUUGGAGCAAAGGACCUCUUCAUGGACAUUCACUAUUUGGCAUCUGAUCUCAGCAACACUCCUCUGGCUGAAGUAGCAAAACAACGGGCAAUACAGAUUGACAAUGAGCCUUUAACAUCAGAUACUGGUGAAUCGUAUGAAGAUGAGGAGGAUGAUUUGUCUUAUAUCGAAGAUGACAUGGCCAAUGGAGAAAGAAGCAGAAAUGGCAUUUACUUUCAGGGUGAUGAGUAUGAUUUCAUGCAUAAUCAGACACUUUCACCUCAACACCUCAUGCCGUCGGAGGAAGAAGACAAUGAUGGAGCCAUUCUAAUGUUACAAGGUGCACAAAGAGGUCACCACCACUAUUCUGGACAAGAAGUCAAUGAGCUGGGACUUGAUACUCCAGGAGAGAUGGAAAGCCCUGCAGGAACACUGAAAAUUGUGCAUUUUGGUGUGGUGUAAUCAGAAUUAUUUAUUUACUGGAUUCACUGUCAAGAUGUUUUUCAGUGUACAAUUGUUUUGAAAUAUUGCAACUACUCUUCUCCAUGCCUCUGGUUAGGAUGUAAGGCUGGUUUUCACUAGUUAAGGAGUCAUAGUCUGUGUUGUAAUCAGAAGCGCGGAGUGAUACGAUCUAGUGAAAAUAAAACUGAUGGAGUUGGAAGCAGAACACUGCAUCCGCUUACGUCACUCCAUCGCUUACGAUCCAGUGAAAACUAGAUUGUUGAAGUUGUAAGCAGAAGCUGAAGAAUAAACCAAUCACAAUGUUCAUUUCCGGGCCUUGUGAUUGGUUGGUUCUUCAGUUUCUGCUUCCGACUCCGGUAAUGUAGUUUUCACUGAAUCACAAUGACAGAGUAGUAAACGGAAUCAGAAGAAAUGGAAACGUUCUGAUUCUUCCGACUCCGAUUCCGUUGAGCUUAUGACUCUGCUUACGACUCUGAUUUUCGAUUUUCACUAGGUUAUAAGGGCUCUUACGACUUCGACUAUGACUCCGUCGCAAGUGAAAACCAGCCUGUAGAGAACAAGUCCCUCUUUUGGCAAGUCUGUUUUACAGUGCAACUAUUCACACCUGGCCACUUGGAAAAGUGUUAACCAACCAGAGCGUUUCUUAAGAACAAAAGGAUAGCGAUCUUUUUCCUGAACAAACCAAUAACAUUGAAGAGUACAAAAAGUAGGUCUUCACAAAAUUGAAACCCAACAAAGUGUGAAGUGUUCCAAACUUCUCAGGAAACUUUGCCAUUUGUUGAUUGGNCUUAG